AUGGGCUAUUUAACGACUUCAAGAUACCUUACAAAUUUAUCGCAAUUCAAGAAAACGGAUUCAUUAUCCCUUAAUUCCAUUUGGCCCGUACAUAGAAGAGCCGCUGUUCUCGUACUCCUAUUUAUCGGUAACCGUGGUGAACUAAGAGUGUUAUUGACAAAGCGUUCAAGAAGGUUAAAUUCCUUUUCUGGGCAAGUGUCUCUUCCAGGUGGAAAAGCAGACAACGAGUCUGAAACGUUUGAAGCAAUAGCGAGACGUGAGGCACAAGAAGAGAUAGGCUUACCUUCUAGCGAUGAAGUGCUACUAAAUAAUUACGGGUUAAAACUCGAUUCUGUUUCAAGAGAGAUCCCUCACUACCUUUCACAGACGUUCCUAAGCGUAAAGCCAUGGGUUUGUUUUCUCUAUAAUGCUCAAACUGACAAUGAAAAGAAAUUUGAGAUCCCAUUGACAAUGAAAAGGGUAUUUACAAAAUUAAACCCUGGCGAGACCUCCUCUGUCUUUUCAAUCCCUUUGUCGGAUCUAAUAUUUCACGAAGUUUCAAAUCCUAGGGGAGAGAAAGAAUAUGUACGCCAUGAAGAGUAUAUUGCCAAAUGGGGUGGAAUUGCAUGGAAAAUAAGACAUUACUAUUAUUCAUUGAAUAACAUAUAUGAUGUGCCAUGGCUUAACGAAGUUGACGAUUUGAGUUCGGAUGAUGGCAUAUAUACAAAUGAAAAAAACUGCAGGCAUGUUUGGGGUCUUACGGCCAAAAUACUACACGAUAUAGCUAUGGUAGCUGAGGGUAUAAUGGAUCCUGAACAACAGGAAACUUCAAUUGGGCAUGAAGAGCUAAUACAUGGACUUUAUGAAUUUGGGAGUCAAUUACAUGGAAAAGAACGCACCAAUUGGGAGAAAAACAUGAUGAAAGGCAAAAAGCAGUUCAAAUACUCGGAUGUCAUACCAUCUUCAUACUGGGAUAAGUUAAACACCCACAUUCGGAAUUUUUGA